AUGCCAUUUAUGUUCAUUGACCAAUGCAAGCUCUCCCUGCAGGCUGAAUGUAAUGUGCAAGGGGUUCUAGUGUCAGACCCCAGAGAUGGGGUGCCAUCGUUUGGUCUAGUAGAGAAAGGGAGGACAGAAUCCAUGGAGGCUGCUGAAAACCUUGAAGUCAAUUUGACUGCAGACACGGUUACAGCUGAGGAGCUCACAAAGAAGUUGGUGAUCGUCUCUUCAGACUUCAAACGAGCAAUAGAGACUGCUCAAAUCAUGCACAGUCAUUUUAAACCAAAGACCCCAAUCAAAACUGAUGUAGCACUUCGGGAAAGAGACUUUGGAGAGUUUAAUCGAGCUCCCUGGAAAGAGGCACUGCCAAUUAUCCUCGAAAAUGACAGGGUCAACCCUACCGAACGAGUUCGUGGUUGCGAGCCUGUACCUGAGAUGGUUGUCCGGGUGAUGAGAGCGCUGAAGACAAUCGAGGAAGAGUAUACCGAUAAGAUUGUAGUGAUUAUCUCCCACAGUAACCCACUACAAGUGCUCUGGGCAUUAUGCAAUGGAGUCUCCUCUACUGAGAGAUUCAAGGAUCUAAAACAUUUCAAGAACUGUGAAGUUAGAGAAUUUAAAUUUGUGUAG